AUGACUCUCGUUGCAUCCUCGAUGCCAUUCUCGCAGGAGGACAUUUGCGAAAAUGUGACGAACAUGACACUACGAAUCGAGAUCGAGGCCGUCUCCUCGCGCUACAUGCAGUACUCUCAAUUGAUUGGCUGUUUUCUGGCUCUGAUACUCAGCUUUUUCAUUGGACCUUGGGCAGACACUCACGGCAGAAAGGUGCCAUUGUUGAUUUGUCUUGUGGGCUAUACCUUCGGUCAGUUCGUGCUGGUUAUCGCCGCCGGGUUCCCGACCCUACCACCCGCGUUCUUGCUCUUAUCGUCAUUCAUCAGCGGUAUUACUGGUCACGCCUUAGCGGUCAUCGGUCUUUUUUUCACUAUCGUAACCGACAACGCAAGCAGCCUGAAGUGGCUGACCGUGCGCAUCGGCGUCACCAGCGGAGUGCUGUCUUUCGGCUACCUGACCGGCAACCUGCUGACCAGCUACCUGCUGCCCCUGUUUUCAGGUUACGACUACAUGGCUGUCAUCAGCACCGGCUUUUGCGCUUUGGCCGUCCUACACGUCGCCCUUUUCCUCCGCGAGACGUUGCUUAAACAGUCUCCGACGUUAAUCGAGGAGGAAGAGGCCGAGACUCACGACGUUCGCUUUGCCACGAUGAGAAGAGUGUUCGGGUUGUUCAGAGUGAGGGAAUACUUUUCUACUCUUUGCCGAUUCCGUUCGCAAGACCGUCGCUUCUACCUGCACAUGUCCUUGCUGAUGUUUUUUAUUGUCUUCACCUGUGAUCCGGGUUUGCCUGGUUUGCAAGUUCUGUUCGUCAAGUUACCUCCGUUGAGUUUCACUGACAGUCUGUACGCGAUCUCCCUGGCUUGCCAAACGGCGUCGAUGGCGAUUGGCAUCAUGUUAUUUCCGUACCUCUUUAAGUUGCUCGACUGCCGCGACACGCUGAUGAUCGUCAUCGGUAUCGGGGCGUCUGCGACCAAGAUGCUGCUUUUCGCCGUCAGCACCAACCGUGCAAUGGUUUACACAUGUAACGUCGCCUUCCGUUGA